UUGUCCCAUACAUUGUUGAGUUCAGAAUUAGAAAUCAUUCUAAUUAUCGUGUACUUGUAGAUGCUGAAUAGGUUUUUGUGCAUACCAAUUGCUGGUGUUGCAACUGAAUAUCUUCUCUAUGGACAGGCUGAGGGAGGCCUUGCAGAUAUUAACAAGUUGGAUAUGCUGCUAAAAGGUUUGAGUUUCACUCAAAAGAAAGCAUAUUCACAGGUCAGAUGGGCUGUUCUUAACACUGUCCUCACGUUGCGUCACCACGAAGGAGCACGGGCGAAACUAGCCGAGGGCAUGUCUGAGGGAAGAUCUGUGGGCUUUUGCAUUGAUAGUAUUGAGAAAACUAUAAAUGCUGCAGACAUUUAGGUUCAACUAUGUUUUGGCACAUCCCACACAAUCAUUUCUCCCCCCUCCUCUUGCUGAAAAAUUGUAAUUAAUCUCUCUCUGUGUGCCU